AUGAGGGACGUGGAAAGGGAGAGUGACGGAAUCUCCAGCGCCGUAAGAAGCCCUAACCACGGCUCCUAUUCAAACAACGGUUCAGAUUUCAUCAGCUCAUUACCCGACGCAAUCCUCCAACACAUCCUCUCCUACAUUCCGACCAAGUACGCAAUCAGAACCUCCGCCUUGUCCAAACGAUGGAAGCACGUAUGGUGCGAAACCCCUACUCUCUCCUUCCAUAAUAGCGACAUCUCUCAUCAUCCUAAUUCGAUAAGCAAAACCCUAACCACCUUCACGUCUCCCAAAAUCACAAGUUUCCAUAUCGAUGUUUCCUUUAAUAACUCUACUCUUCUAACUCCAUCCCAUGUUCAUAGCUGGAUCGAGCUCGCUGUGUCCCGCCACGCGGAUAUAAUGUCUCUCAUCAUAAUCGGUUCCGAUAAUAAUGUGUUUCCAGAUUUCUUCUUUACCAAUUCCUAUGUAAAGCAGCUCACCUUGGGUUUGGGUCAUAUUGGCCACUUCAGUUACCUCGACAUGAUUCCUAAAUGUACGGUCCUUUGGACAUCGUUAAGGAACUUAACUCUGGAAUGCUGCGCUCUGCCCGAUGAAUCCCUAGCUAAUAUCCUCUCUGGUUGUCCAGUGCUUGAAAGCCUGUCAUUGCUUUUCUGCGAAGAGCUUCAUCAUCUUGAUCUCAGCAAGUCAGUGAAUUUGACAAGGUUGGAGGUUAUUUGCCUAUUCCUUGGUGGACCGUUGAAGAUUGUAGCGCCACACAUCCAUUAUUUGAAAUUGAUAGAGUGUCAUGAACCGAGUACGUUAGUAGAUGUCUCCUCUUUAACCAAUGCUACAUUCAGCCUAAGCCAUAUCGGAAGAAUAACAGAGGUUGAUGAUUUUCAUCAAGACAUGGUGCUAAAGAUGCUAGAGAAGCUGCAAAACGUUGAGAAGCUUAGUAUUGGACAAAUCGUCCCUCAGGUUCUAUCUGUUGCCGAGCUUCGUGGUCUUCCUUUUCCGCAACUCCAGGCCAAAUCUUUGACUGUGAGAAUGAUGCUUGUUCGAUCUGUUAUUCCUGGCUUAGCAAGACUGCUACAAAACUCACCUGGAUUACAGAUGUUAACAGUUAACACAAUAUAUUACAAAGGCAUAGAGGAUGCGGAGCUGGACAGACACUUGCGUACGCAAGGCUUGAAUCCUGAUCGAUGCUGGAGAUUGAAAUACGGGGACUUUCCAACGACGGAGCAGACCUAUUCAUCAUCGUCCCAUGGUGUUGUUACUAAGCUAGCAAGGUCAAAAGAUGUGGUUUCCUUCAUAAAACUUGUGCUGAAAAACUCAAAGACAGUAGAUACGAUGGUUUUAAGGUUGGAUGGUUACCUUAAUGCAACAGAGUACCAAAAGCUGCUUCAAAUGGUUCCACCAUUUACUCGUAACAAAAAUGUCAGAGCUCGUGGUCAAGCGAAGCGGCUCUUAAACGUCUUAAAGAUUAUUCCUUGA